GAAACUGAUUUUGAUAUUAGCUUCCCUUGUGAGUGACCCAACGGAUUUUGAAAUUUCUCUAUCCUCAACCCUCCUCUCUCCUUGAGACACACAUACCACAAAGCUGAUUGAUUGUUCUUUUCACUCAACAGUUUCUCUCUCUCUCUCCAAAAAAAACUCUUGUACUGAGCUCAGGGCUGGGUGGAGGUGGUUGGCAUUGCACAGAACAAGAGAGAAAUAAUAAAGAAAACCCAAUUUCUUGAUCUUGUUUUUAUUGCUCUGUUUUCCCUUACAAAUUCAGUCUACCCUCUCUUUUCGGACCCAUUUUGGCUUGUUUUUGUGACUCAACUGGCUUUACGUGAAAGAAGAAUGAGACCCAUCAGAAGGAAGAGAGGGGAAAGGGAAAAGCCAUGUCUUUGAGCAGCAGUGGCGAUACCUGCUUCUUGGGGUGUGAGAAUUGACUUAUAGAGUGUAGAAAUUUCAACGCGGUAAUGAGUCGAGAGCAGAAGCGGGGGAAGCAGGACAAGGGUUCUGACGAUGUCCAGAAGGUGAUUGUUGCUGUGAAGGCUUCCAAAGAAAUUCCUAAAACUGCAUUGGUUUGGGCGUUGACUCAUGUUGUUCAUAUUGGAGAUUGCAUAACUCUGCUUGUUGUUGUCCCUUCUCAAACCUCUGGUAGAAAAUUCUGGGGUUUUCCAAGAUUUUCCGGUGACUGUGCCAGCGGUCAAAAGAAAUCUCACUCUGGGACAACCUCGGAGCUGAAAUAUGAUAUUAGUGAUACCUGCUCGCAGAUGAUCCUGCAGCUUCAUGAUGUUUAUGAUCCAAAUAAGAUAAAUGUGAAAAUUAAAAUUGUUUCUGGGUCACCUAGUGGGGCUGUUACUGCAGAGGCUAAGAGAGUUCAUGCUUCCUGGGUUGUAUUAGACAAACAGCUCAAACAUGAGGAGAAAUGCUGCAUGGAAGAGUUACAAUGCAACAUUGUGGUAAUGAAGCGAUCUCAGCCUAAAGUUCUUCGCUUGAACCUGGUUGGGUCUGGAAAAAAGGAACCAGAAGUGCUCUCUCCCUUACCUUUUGAUAUAGAUGAAGGGUCUGAAAGCCAUCACAAAGAACAUAAUGAUCCUCUAGAUUUUAUUCGAGGACCGGUUGUGACCCCCAGUAGCAGUCCAGAGUUGGGCACGCCUUUUACUGCGACCGAAGCUGGAACGUCGUCGGUGUCGAGCUCCGAUCCUGGAACUUCACCAUUUUUCAACUCUGAAAUGAAUGGAGAUACAAAGAAAGAGGAAUUGUUUGUUAUCAAGGAAAAUAAAGAAGUAGAUGCAGCUAGUUCAGACUUGGAUAUUGAAAAUUUAUCUGUAUCUUCAGGGAGCUUAAGAUUCCAACCAUGGAUGACAGAAUUUCUAAGUUCUUCUCAUCUUCAAUCCUCACAACACAUAACUGGAAGGUCACAGAGAUUUGAUGAUAUGAACCAAAUGUCAACAAGAAAAGCUUUUCAACCAAAGUUUUCAAAACUUGAUCGAGAAGCUCGAAUUGAAAUGUCAAGCCAUAGAAGUGACAAUGAUUUUCAUGGGGACGUUCGAGAUGCAGUUUCGUUAUCCAGGAACUCGCCACCAGGACCCCCUCCAUUAUGCUCAAUAUGUCAACACAAGGCACCAGUUUUUGGGAAGCCUCCAAGGUGGUACAGCUACGCUGAGCUUGAGCUCGCUACAGGUGGAUUUUCACAAGCCAACUUUCUUGCAGAAGGGGGAUAUGGAUCUGUUCACAGAGGGGUACUCCCGGAUGGUCAGGUGGUUGCUGUCAAGCAGCACAAACUAGCUAGCUCUCAGGGAGACCAUGAAUUUUGUUCAGAGGUCGAAGUUCUUAGCUGUGCACAACAUCGAAACGUUGUGAUGUUGAUUGGCUUUUGUAUAGAGGAGAAAAAAAGGUUACUGGUUUAUGAGUACAUCUGCAAUGGCUCAUUGGAUUCUCAUUUAUAUGGACGCCAACAAGAGCCAUUAGGAUGGACUGCACGGCAGAAAAUUGCUGUGGGAGCAGCGAGGGGGCUACGAUAUCUCCAUGAAGAAUGUAGAGUAGGUUGCAUUGUUCACCGGGAUAUGCGGCCGAACAACAUUCUUAUCACCCAUGAUUUUGAACCACUGGUUGGAGAUUUUGGCCUUGCGAGGUGGCAGCCUGAUGGCGAUACCGGCGUUGAGACAAGAGUUAUUGGAACAUUUGGGUAUUUGGCUCCGGAGUAUGCUCAAAGUGGCCAAAUCACAGAGAAAGCUGAUGUUUAUUCCUUUGGGGUAGUACUGGUGGAGCUAAUCACCGGAAGAAAAGCUGUGGACCUUGGUCGGCCGAAAGGUCAACAGUGUCUCACUGAAUGGGCACGCCCCUUGUUGGAUGAACUUGUCAUUGACGAACUGAUUGAUCCGAGGUUGGGGAAUAGCUUCACGGAGCAUGAGGUGUACUGCAUGGUGCACGCCGCAUCGUUAUGCAUCCGAAGGGAUCCUAACGCCAGGCCUCGUAUGUCACAGGUUUUACGGAUUCUGGAGGGCGACCUCGUCGUGGAUGCUAAUUACUUGUCAACUCCGGGAUACGAUGUGGGAAAUCGGAGUGGACGGAUGUGGACCGAACAGCAGCAGCAAAACUACAGUGGCUCCUUAUCAGAAGAGACCAUAGAGAGGUUCAAUGAAAAGGUGUGUGUUGAGAGCUUAAGACCAAGUUACUGGGAAAGGGACAAGACAAGGAGGACUUCAAGUGGAAGUGAUUUGUAAAAAAGUGGGUAAGGAUUCUUAGAAUAUAUGCUAUACUGCAUCCUUUUAUAUACUGAAUUUGUACUUCCCCGAUUCAUUCUUUUGGGCAAUUCUUUUUUUCUUCACUAAAAGCUUUUGUUUGUGCAUAGUUUUAGUAUUAUUAGUCACUGGAAAAUAUAAGGGUUCUUUUUUGUGUAAGUUCUUUAGGAAAGUUGUGUAAGGUAAAAAACCUGUAUGAAGGUGAUCUCCUAACUUCACACAUUUGAA